AUGGGUGUUUAUGGAUUUAGCAUUGACCAAUUAAUGGAAAUGGCGGGUUACAGUUGUGCAUGUGCCAUCGCGAAGGAAUACUCCCUAAAUGAAUACAAGCAAAUCUUCAUUGUUUGUGGACCUGGAAAUAACGGGUUUCCUCUCAAAUUUGCUCUCACCUUUAGAGGCGACGGCUUGGUAGCAGCCAGACAUCUUUCUCAUUUUGGAUACUGUCCCACUGUUUAUUAUCCGAAGAAAAGCUCUGGCACUCUGUUUUCGAACCUUCUGAAGCAGAAUGAAAGUAUGGAUAUUCCUCUCGCUGACCACUGUCCAACUCUGGAGGAAUUGAAGGAGAACUAUGAUUUAGUGGUAGAUGCAAUCUUUGGCUUUAGUUUCCACGGUUCCCCACGUCCUCCCUUCGAUUCCAUAAUCUCCAUUUUAAAUGAGUGUGGCAAACCAGUCGUUUCUGUUGAUAUUCCAUCGGGAUGGGAUGUGAACGACGGAGAUAUUCAUGAAUGCGCUGUUCAUAAUCCUGACAUGCUCAUUUCUCUAACUGCGCCCAAAUUGGGAAGUCAGAAAUUCAGCGGUCGAUUCCAUUAUCUCGGAGGUCGGUUUUUGCCUCCAAAGUACGCGCGUGAGCAUAAUAUCCAAAUCCCUUCUUAUCCUGGCUGUGAACAAUGUGUCCGCCUCUCAUCUGUUUGUUAA